AUGACUACAAUUAAAGUAGAAAUGGUUAACAAUACAAAUGAUGAUUCAUUAACAACAAAUCAAACAAAAUCAUUCAUUGUUACAAAAAUUUUAGAUAAUUUACUCAAAGGUUAUGAUCGUCAAAUACGACCAAAUUUUGGAGAAGGACCUAUUGAAAUUCUAUUUGAUAUAUUGGUAAAUAGUUUUGGUCCCAUUUCCGAUAUUGAUAUGGUUAGUGAUAAAAAAUAA